AUGUACGUGCGAGCGUUAUACGACUACGAGGCCGACGACCGAACGAGUCUCAGCUUUCAUGAGGGGGAUAUAAUACAAGUAAUUACACAGCUAGAAAGUGGCUGGUGGGAUGGAGUCAUAAAUAAUGUGAGAGGAUGGUUCCCAAGUAAUUAUUGCCAGGUCGUAUCGGGCCCUGAAGAUGUCCUGGAAGGCAAGCCGAAUGGGGUUGGAAUAGGCAUAGAUGGUGAUAUCGACGACGAUGAAGACGACGAUGAAGAAUACGAUGAGAAAUACGAUGAUGAUGAGGAAGAAUCAGAACGUGAUGACUUCUCGCAUUUGCCUACAGCCGGAGGGAACAGCAAUGGAAGAUCAGGGGCGGAUUUCUGGGUCCCUCAAGCGACCGCCGAUGGCAGAUUAUUCUACUUUAACACGGAGACUGGCGAAAGUAGCAUAGAGCUACCAUUAGAAUCGCCGUCUUCAUCAGCAGAGAUUGGCCCUAGAGAUCGGAUGAAUAUCAAUAUACCGGAGAAAACGAGGCCGCCGGCAGAAUUGAUGGCGCGAGGAUAUAUAAAUGAAACUGACGAUGAAUCAGAAGGAAAUUCUGCCUCCGAGCUAGACGGAGAGUCUAUCAUGCUCGCAUCCAAACCCUCCUUUCCCCGGAAGAAGCGCAGAUCUCAAUUAUCUGAAGGGGUUUCUCCAGCUACAUCCAUGGACUCGAUCAAUGGCACAUCUCCUGGUACUCGCUCACGAGCCGAUACGUUCAAUACACCAAAUGUAUCCUUGACCGCAAUGCCAAUAAUGGGCCCGUCUACAACCUCUUUCACAACUCCCGCCCUUAGCCCACCACACGCUGCUACUUUGCCUCGAUCAUUCUUUGAUGAUGGCUCCGCUGCACCACUGACAUGGAAUAGACUCGUUGCAAAUAUGAAAAAAGCUGUGGAUUGCUAUCGCGAGGCCAUCAAUAAUCAUGAUCGCUCCGAGUAUGUUCGCCGAGCCGAAGAUAUCUCCGAUCAUCUGCGAUUAUUACUAGCUGCCGGUUCUGGCACCACUGAUAACCAUUCUGGCCAGCCGUCUAUUAUUUCUACCAACAAAGCUCUAUACCCCCAUUUUCGGGACAUGAUGUCCAAGUUCUCGAAGUUGGUAAUUUCCUCUCACAUCGCUGCUUCUGAUUGGCCCAAUUCAGAGUCAUAUCAAAAAUGCCUGCAGGAAGCGGAUGGCGUACUUCUAGGCGUCUUCAGCUACGUCGAGGUCGCCCGCCAGCAGCGAGGCGAGGAUAUACCGCGAUUGCUACCUGGCUUUGUCGUUGGUAGCACUAUUGGUGGUAGUUGGCAAAACAAUGGACUUGGAUCUAGAGACCCGCUAGCGUCUAACUUUCUCGAUGAGGAUGAGAAUGUAGUUGAACCUUCUGCAAUCUUGGAUGCGAACUUGAUGGAGAGGCUUGACGAUUUGAAGAGAAUGUUAACAUCUAGCAUUCGAAGAUUGGAGGAGCAUCUCGUACUCACCGACAAAAUCAUUACUCCUUACAGACACGAAGUAAUUGGUAAUAACGUCUGUUUGGCCGCUCAAAAAGUUCUCGAGAUGUUCAAGCCAUGGGUUUCCACGGUUGAAUCCAUCAACUUGUCUUCUCUCGGCGACACAUUUCAAAACCCCCAACUUAUUGACUUCGCCAAACAGAAGCAAAGUUUGUAUGAUAAUGUAUCCGACUUAUUGCUUGGAUGUCAGGCCGUAGCUGGCCCAUUGGGGGAUGAGUGGGCGGAAGUCCGCGGGGAGUCACUAGAGGGGCGGUUGAAUUAUGUGCGCGCGUGCUCGAGAUCCUUGGAAACGAACUCAUCUCAUAUUGGCUUCUCGCUGCAGCUUCUAGGUGAGCUUGUUCAGACAGCUAUGCAGCAGGUUUUACCUAUCGAAGAAAGAGCAAAAAGUCUAAGGAGGGGUGAUAGCGCGCCCUACGAGCGGCUGCAUCAACGAUCAGAUUCACGGAAUCCAUUACUCCGUCCCAACCUAGCAGAAAUUGGGAAGUCUCAAACUUACUCUGAGGGUGAUCCAGUUCUUCCGUUCCGAAAGGAGAACUCUAAACUCAGGAAAUUCUUUGGUGAAGAACCUACCCGAAGAGAUGCCCCAGAUGAGACACCAGACUGCCUCAAGCUCGACCACGAAGAUGAUAUUUCUUAUGACACUAAAGUGCAGCCUCCUAUCUUGAAGGGUGGUACGCUUGUAGCAUUGGUUGAGCAAUUGACACGUCAUGAUAAGCUGAGCUCGGACUUCAACAACACCUUCUUACUAACGUAUCGGUCUUUCACAAAUGCCAGGGAGUUAUUUGAGCAUUUGGUGAAGCGCUUUCAAGUACAACCUCCUGAAGGCAUGCCCCCAGGGGAUUAUGAAACUUGGGUGUCCCGAAAACAAAAGCCAAUCAGGUUUCGGGUUGUCAACAUUUUGAAGUCGUGGUUUGAACUUUUUUGGAUGGAGGACCAAAGUGACGAUACCAAAGCCCUAAUAGCCAACGUCUACACAUUUGCCCGUGAUACUGUGAAAGCUACGGAAACACCAGGGUCUGGUUCGUUGAUGACUCUGUUAGAACAACGGUUGCGGGGACAGGAAGCGACAGCCAAACGCUUGGUAUUGACUUUGAACCAUUCCACGCCCCAGCCAAUCAUGCCCAAAAAUAUGAAGAAGCUUAAAUUUUUAGAUAUUGAUGUGACGGAAUUUGCACGUCAACUUACCAUUGUCGAGUCAAGGCUCUAUGGGAAGAUCAAACCCACAGAAUGCUUGAAUAAAACUUGGCAGAAGAAAGUUGGCGAGAACGACCCUGAGCCUGCACCCAACGUUAAGGCUUUGAUCUUACAUUCUAACCAGCUAACAAACUGGGUUGCCGAGAUGAUUUUGACGCAACUCGAUGUCAAAAAGCGAGUUGUGGUCAUCAAACAUUUUGUUCUUGUUGCUGAUAAAUGCCGUGCUUUGAAUAACUAUUCAACUCUCACUUCCAUCAUUUCUGCCCUUGGUACGGCACCAAUCCAUCGAUUAAAGAGAACCUGGGAUCAAGUACCUGCAAAAACCUUGGCAACAUUGGAAUCUAUGCGUCGCCUUAUGGGUAGCACAAAAAAUUUCGGAGAAUAUCGUGAGAGUUUGCAUCUUGCCAAUCCUCCAUGCAUACCCUUCUUUGGUGUGUAUCUUACUGAUCUUACAUUCAUCGAGGAUGGCAUACCCUCUAUCAUCAAGAAGACUACAUUGAUCAACUUUGCCAAACGAGCGAAGACAGCUGAAGUCAUUCGCGACAUUCAGCAAUAUCAAAAUGUUCCGUAUGGCUUGCAACCAGUUCCGGAACUCCAGGAGUAUAUAUUGAGCAAUAUGCAAGCUGCGGGUGAUGUACAUGAGAUGUAUGAGAAGAGUUUAGCAGUCGAGCCACGGGAGCGUGAGGACGAAAAGAUAGUCAGGGUAUUGGCCGAAUCAGGCUUUCUAUGA